AUGGAAGGUGAAGGCACUGUGGAAGCAGAUGGCCCCAUGAAGCCAGGCCAUCCCUCAAAACCUUUUGCUUACGUGAAACCUAUCAGAUAUGAGACCCCAGCAUUCACAGCUCAUCACGGAGAGAGAACCCAAGGCCACCGUGGGGGAAGAAGUCAAGAGAGAAUAAGAACCCUUCUUAGGGCCACAGACCUUCGCAGAGACCAUGGCCUCCAGCCGGGGGCAAGACUGCAGGCACUGCCUGAUGCCUCUGGUUAUUGGGUUCUCACAAAUUCCCCAACUUCAUUCGUCUAUCCCUGCUUAGGGUUCAGACCCUUGGAGGGCUCAACUUUGCUCUUCACACAGACUCCCUCUGGUACCUUUGUGUAUGGGGUCCCAGAAUUUUUCACCCACAUUGCACACUGA